CCGUAUCAACCCUCGGUGUCUUAAACCCAAAACCCUAGCGCCUCUUCCAGCAGAAUGACUUAUUUUUCUCUUAAAAGGCCCUGAAACCACACACUUCCGUAAAGAAGAACAGAAGACGACCUUCAACUUUCACGGGUAUAUUUGUUUUGAGAUUUUCAUUCUUGUGGGGCUGGAUUGAGGUGAAGCGAGUUGCAGUUCAAAUUGAUCCAUUGCAUGAUCUUUCUGUGACGCCGCCACUGUGAUUAAAAGAAAAAAUGAUCAAAGGAGGAAAGAGUUUGGUUUCUUCGCCUCCGGUGUUCUCAAACGAUGCUAAGAAGUUGCUUGUUUGCACCGGCUGUACCGUCUCUAUCUUCAGCACUUCAACUAGCUUGCAGAUCACAGAGUUGGAAGGGCACACAGCACUUGUAACAUCGGUUGUAGUGGUUCCAGCUUUUACUCCUUCCAGCAAAAUCCUGUGCUACUGCUGGACUUCUUCACUGGAUGGAACUGUUCGUUAUUGGGAUUUUUCACUGCCUGAAUUGAUGAAGACAGUUGAUAUUCGGUUGCCAAUCUUCUCCAUGGUAAUUCCAGGUAUAUUAAGCCAACUAGCUGAGACUGAUGGAAAAACUCCUAAUCUUUUCGCUUAUUUGUCUGUUGAAAAUACAAAAAUACAAGACGACCAGCCAAAGGUGCAUCGGAAAAUCUUGAAGUGUAACUUGACAAAGUCUCGUCUAGCUGCUGGAGUUAUAUUGGCGGAGACUCAACAACCAGAGUUAAUAACCAUUAGUUCCUCGGGAAAAUUCUUUGGAGUUCGAAACAAGCGCAAGCUUCAUGUAUGGGAGGUUAUCGCUCAUGAUCACGAGGGGGCUCCAAUUAAGAAGAUAACAUUGCAUCACACAAAGAACUUGACUGUUUUUGCUUUCCAUCCAACUGAGAGAAUUGUAGCUGCAGGUGAUGUAACUGGGAGGAUUUUGAUUUGGAGAAGUUUUGGUAGUAGAACAUUCUCUAUGGGUGAUGGACUAAUGAAUGGAAGAGCAAUGAACAAUGAAGAUGAAAGGCCUGGGGUUAGGGGUGAUGAUGAUGCUGAUUCUUGUGCCACUUGGCAUUGGCACUCUGCUGAAGUGAAGGUGCUGUCUUUCUCCUCUGAUGGGGCGUAUUUGUUUUCAGGUGGAAAGGAAGGAGUUCUUGUGUUUUGGCAACUGGACACAGGAAAAAAGAAAUUUCUACCCCGAAUUGGAUCUCCACUUUUAUAUUUUACAACUUCACUAGAUCCUUCACUUUCCUCUGUAUCUUGUGCAGAUAAUCGGAUUCACCUGCUGAAAAUGCCUUCAAUGGAAAUCUUGAAGUCCAUAUCUGGGAUCAAGCUUCCUUGUUCAUUUCCAGAGAUAUAUGAAGGUUUACAUAGCCGGUUUAUAUUUGAUCAAACUGCUGGCUUGGUUGCCUUUCGUACAGAGAACUACUGCAUCCAAUUUUACAGCUUAUUUGAUGAUCGUGAAAAUUUUGAGGUCCAAAUCUGCGAGAGAAACCAUCAACCAAGUGAUGAUGUCACGGUGGUAGUGACUUUGAUGGUCCUCUCCCCAGAUGGCUCUAUGAUGAGUACAGCUGAAACCAAGUUUCCUGAAGAAGGAUUAGGAGGCCUUGUUUGUCUUAAAUUUUGGACAUCUGGUUCUCAAAGUAAAGGGUUCAUCUUAUCCACCAUCAUUUAUGAACCUCACAGGGAUGCUGGUAUUUCUGCUAUUGCUUUUCAUCCUACCCGUCAUAUGGCCGUCAGCUCUUCAUAUGGUGGUGACUUCAAGAUUUGGGCUUGCAGUCAUGAGAUUCAGCAAAGAGAUCAAACGCUUCAGAAUUCUGGCUGGACAUGCCACGCUGUUGGUUCAUAUAAAAGAAAGCCGAUGACAGCUGCCACAUUUUCUGCCGAUGGUUCUGUUCUGGCCAUUGCUGCAGAAACUGUUAUCACAAUAUGGGAUCCAGAGAAGAAUGUCCUUGUGGCUGUUAUUGGAGAGACUCUGGAGCCAAUCACGAUGUUGUCAUUUAUUGGGAAGUCAGAGUAUCUUGUGUCUGCAUCCAGAGGUUCAAAAUCUCAACUGUCUCUUUGGAGCUUGUCGAAACUGUCUGAAUCUUGGUCAUAUAAGCUUCAAGCAGAAGCUGUAGCCUGUGUGAUGGAUGGUUCUUAUUUUGCUGUUCUCACCCUUCUUCCUCGAUCAUCCAAGCACACUGAGUUGACUGAAACUAAGAUAGAUGGAAGAGAUGGGGCGAUUUUAUUAUUCAAUGUGGGAGAACCUAUUCCUGUCACUACCUGGUUUGUAAAGAAGGCCAAGGGAGGGGACUUGCCUUUAUUCAUGUAAAUUCAGCUUCCUUCAAAGGGAAUGUUUCGGAUGGAAAACUGCCUCCAGCACUGCUUGCAUAUAUAAAUGGCAACCAUGAGUAUGUUCUC